AUGUGGAGGGGCAUCCAUGCCGAGUCCGCGUGGCGGGCGUGCCUGCCAACACUUGUACAGAACUGCAGUCAAUUUUAUGUCAAUGUGCGCGACGAAAACUCACCCACGCGUGUGGCUUUUGACUCUUUCUGCACAACACUUUUGGUUGGCGGCGAUUGGCAGAAGUGCGGCUCUGAAGUCCCUUAUUCACCUAACGGAUUUUUUGCCAAGAUAAGCAACUACGACAAUACGACCAAGACCGCUGACGUCUGGUUUUCGUGGAUAUUUCGAGAAGAUGGAAAGAAUGUCAAUGCGACUGGCCGCAUGGUGGUGGAGUCGCCCAACUAUUGGGAUGUUGCAAAGUGCAGGCAAAUGGUCGUUGUCUCCAAGGAAUAUGUCUAG